CCGGCCAGCCUUGGUCGCCAGAAUCGCUCAGGGUUGCAGCACAGCCACCCCCAUCCAUCCCUUCCUCUUCCGUCUUCUCCCCCAUCCAUCUUCAUUUUUGAGCAGGGACGCCAUCCUCACAUUCACUGUGUACAAAACGUGCCUGCUUGGUUUUUUUGCAUGCAUUGUUCGUCUCCCAAAAUGGUUUGCGAGACUAAAAUAGUAGCGGAUGAACACGAUGCUAUACCUGGGAGCAAAAAGGAGGCGCCCAUGAUGUGGAGCGCCUCCGCGUCCGGCCCGAGUGAGGCCAAAGACGCGCGGCGGGACGCGGUCUUCAUCCGCGAGUUCGAGCGCGGCGACCAGGAGGAGGUGCGGCGCAUCUUUUACGAGGGCAUCAUGGAGAGGAUACCGAACACUGCGUUUAGGGGGCUCCGGCAGCAAAGCAGAACCCAGUUUUUGUACGCUCUUCUCACAGUAAUGUGCUUUUCUAUGACCAAAUCCUUCACACUGACCUGCUGCGCCCCGCUCGUCCUCAUGGGCGCUCGCUACUACUACAGCUGGAAAGUCAUCCACAGCUAUCUGGAUCACGCCCUGCACACCGACAUGGCUGACAUUGAGGCCUAUUACAUGAAACCCACAGGCUCUUGUUUCUGGGUAGCAGUGCUGGACGGAUGUGUCGUGGGCAUCGUGGCGGCACAAGGCCGUGAGGAUGACAACGCGGUGGAGCUGCGACGCAUGUCCGUGGAUUCUCGUUACCGCGGCAAAGGCAUUGCCAAGGCCCUGGGUAGACGUGUUCUGGAGUUUGCGGUGCGCAACAACUACGGCUCCGUGGUACUGGGCACCACAGCCGUUAAGAUGGCCGCCCAUAAGCUGUACGAGUCGCUCGGCUUCCGCCGAACAGGCCAGAGCGAUGACUACAGGCUUCCUGGUAUGAGCCGCUCGGCACUGGAGAGGCUCUUCUUCCAGAUCCGAUACAGCCGGUACCGCUUGCAGCUCCGUGAGGAGUGAGAGGUGAAAGGGAGAGAUGGAGGAAGAAAGGGACAGAGAGAGGGAGCGACGACCCCCUCCCAUCCUACAUCUGAGAGCCCCUCCUCUCUUCUGACAGCUUUUAUUUAUUUCUUUUAGGCAUAAUUACAUACGUUUUCAAUUUUUCAGUCACUAACAUCGACAAUACUUAUGUUGUCUUUAUAGUAUUGUUUGACAUUCCUUUUUGUUUUCCUCCAUUUUCAUUAUUAUCAAUCUGUUUUGGCAUCCUUACUACCUUUUUCUUCCUUCCAUCCGAGAAAAAUCAGCAUUAGUUGUGGACAUCACAUGAUCAAUACCCUCAUUCUUCACUAUUCCCGAGUGAAUCCCCCCCACACGCACAACACGCCCUUCCCUGAUUGGUCCGCUGCAAGAUGCAUCAGGCAGGUUUAGACUCAGCUAAGAGAGGAAAAGGGGUGAGGGGUGGGGGGACGUGGCUUCCCUGAAUAUGUAUGGUGUGUGUACUUGGUCCACACAUAUCACAUAAUUUGGCUUUCGACGCCAUAUUAAAGCAGAGCAAAGAGUGUGACCACCAUGGUGAGGAAGACAGAUAGAAGGAUGAGCACAGUGGGUGCAUCAUUCAUCUCUCUCACCAUUUUGGUUCUGGUCUCUUGAGCUGCCCUAAUACACAAUUCAACAUUUAUUCAAAUAAUAUAAUAAUAACAAUAGUAUUACUGGACAGCAUUAUUUAUAGUACUAUAUGUUGCAAUAUGCAAUUAUCUGCCAGAUAAAGCAACAGAGGCUUUUAAACCACACUGACAUGGGAUAGUAGAGACAUGACAACGAGCAAUAUUUAUACAACUUCAGCACAAUAAAGCCAGCAGAGUUCAUGAUCUAACCUAAAAUGAGUCAACUAUCAAAUGCAUACAAAUAUAAAAACGACAUCUCCCUUCCUCCCGUUCACAAAACUGUCUGCAACCCUGGGCCGAGACCCUACACCCCCAUAACCACUAACCUUUGACCCUGACCCCACCCAUUUCCCACCAUCUCUGCAUGAGAUACAACGCCUUGCUGCACUGCUUUUAUUAUGAAAGCUUACUGGGGCCCCUAGAACUUUACUCAAACCCUCAGAUGCUAUCUGGGCAGUUUGAUGUUCUGCUGCCUCCAGGUCGGACUAUUGACUGGAUGUAUGAGUGUGUGAGUGUGUGCACACUCACCAAAAGCAACGCUGCCUGGAUGACAUCUUGCCCGCCUGCCAAGCAACUGCGGAAUGCAAAAAGCAAUGCAAUGUGGCAUGCCUAAGUACCCAGUGUGAGCAGCGCCUACCCUGUGGCGGGGAGAAAAUCAAUUAAUAUAUAUUUAUAUAUGCCAUAUAUAAAUAUAUAUGUACGGUAUGUGAAGAAAAAGUAUUGUUACUUUUUUUUAGAUUUUCAAUAAUAACAACGUGAAACAUUUGCAUGAAAAAUGUUUUCAAAACAUGGUAAAGGGUGCCAAAUGGUCUAUACACAGCCAGAGCUUGUAAAUCUUUCAAGAGGCUACCAAUUACUAGAGAGUAAUCGUAGCAGCCAGGCAAAUGGUGAAAGGUUUACUGCAGGAUCGUGACAUUCUGUUGCCGGUAGCCAUUUUGUGACUAUCAUGCUGAAACAGUGUUUCUAAAUGAGGCGAAGUGGGGUGGGUUGCAUGGACACUCGCAUGUUUAGACUUACACAAGCCACAGCACCUAACGCCCCAAAAUGAACCUCCAGCUAAAUGUCAAAAUAUAUACUAAAUACUAAAUACAAACACAUAUACUCGCUACGGGCUAUGACUUUUGUGAGUGAGCAUCCGUUCUUUAAAACUCCAUAAUGUUGUACAAAGCAAAAUGCACGAGGAGCAUCAACAAACAUGACAGAGACAUUGGGAUUCAGCUUUGUCAAGGGAAAAGCGUCCAAUUUUGAAAUGUGCCUGAGGCUUUCCAGAUUAGAAUGUCAUACCAAAAUUGUACAGAGUACACUUUAUCUCACGUAACACUGAGCAUCAUUACACAGUAUGAAUGUCUAGAACAAGAGGCGGCCUUCGCAGAGGUAGAUUGUAAAGGCGACGGUGAGCCAUUUGCGCUAUUGCCUAGCUCAGUUCUUGCAUGAUGACAUUUACAAAUGAGAGUACAUUAAUUCUGAACACAUAAUUUAGAAUUCUUUAUGCACUGAAAUCAAACACAGGGGUUCAAAUAACACGUGAACUGGACAGCCUCAAGUAGCUUAAGGGUGAUUUUUCAACUGUAAAGUGCACUACAAUUUUUGUCUAUGUCUAUUCACUACUCGACAGGAAUGCCAUGUCAAGACCUAUGCCCCUGGGAGCCGGUUUGUAGUAAUGUGUAGAAAAGGUUCUGCUGAUAUACAAUCUCACUUCUGUCAUGAGGUUUGCUUGAGUGCGCGGGUGCUUUCAGAAUCAGAAUCAGAAUCAGCUUUAUUGUCAUUACGCAAGGUAACGAGAUUGAGGCCAUUCCAUACAGUGCGAUGUGUGCAUGCUAGAAAAACAAUGUGCAAAUAUAUUUCCAAUUGCUUUGAAAGGUGGGCUGCAUCGAGAGCCCUCCCCUGAUGGAGAGGCAUCAUUUACGUGCUCUACAAUCCACUAUACUGCACAAACUUUUUUGUUUAAAAUGAGGAAAUCCUCAACAGUGACCAAAACCACUUUAAGAAAGAAAUUAUUACAAGGUCAGUAUGUUAACAUAAAAGUGCACAAAUGUACAGAUGCUGCAGGUUGUGAAAGGCAAUGUCCCCUAAAAAGCAUGAAUGUAAACUUGCGAUAUUGUUUUUUUGUUGUUUUUUUGCAUUUACUUUAAGGGGGCACAGAGUAAAAGUAAGUUAAGUAGUUAUUAACAUACAUUAGAUGUUAGAGAUCAUGUAUGAUUGUAAAUAUGCGCUAUUAUUAUUUGCCGUAAUUUGCGUCAGUGGUGUCUUAGGAAGAAGGCUGCCAUGUGGAAAUUUUCCAACGUCUGAAGAUGGCGAGGAUCUUGGGGAGGAAUGUGGCACAUUAGCGGUUGGGGGUGGGAGGUGGGGGCUGGAUAUGCUGCAACAAGGAUGACAUGGACUCCUCUCUCUCUCUCUCUCCCUCCACCUCUGGUGAGGAUGCCGCUUUACUGCGGCUCAUACAAAAACGGACUCACUCUGGACUGAGGCCACAGGUGCCAAGAACACUUCAGCACUUGUAGCACAACUGUGUCUUGACUUAAAACACAGGUCCUUUUGAUUUGGCCUUUUGUUUGCUGUGAGGAAUAUGGAUACCGUUUCUGUCAUCGGCACCCAUGCAGGACACAGUCAUUGCACCAUCUUUAAUUCAUACUGACCAACAGCUAUUUUUAGGGGUUGGAAAUCCAAUGCUAAAUGUGACAGUAACAUUAUUAUUCUUUGUGUUGCCAUUUUGUGUUCAAAAUGGUUGUAUUUUCUAUUAUUUUUGAGGAAAGAAUUGUGUCCACGUGCCAUUCAGUCAAGCAAUAAAUAUGACGAAGUAGGCAAACUACAAACGACUGACAGAUUCGAUCAUAAAUGUGAAAUGCUGCAAUGAUGUUAUAUCUCAUAUAUAUUACCACUCACGAUUGAGUCUUAAGGGGUGUUUGGAUUGAAUUCUCUUUUGUAUUUUCCUUUUUUUACUUUUCUGUUGGAGUAUACACAAAUGUACCUCUGCAUAUUUGUACAGAUGUCAAAAAGAAAAGGUGGAUUUGUUGAUGAUGGUUGUCCAAGCAGACAGGGAAAAGAUUGUGUCACUGAAAGUGUAAAGUCAUGUUUCGAAGGUUUUUGUUGAACCACUACUAUUCGGGGGAGAAAUCAACCAAAAAAAUUCAACUCUUAACUUUGUUGACUUUUCUUACGAGUAAGAUUCAAAGUCGUGUUUUGAAUCUGUAAGUUAGUAACUGUAAAGUUGUACAUUGUUUUGUAAAUAGCGUCCGAGGGCUGGUUUUUACCCACUUUAUAACAGAAGCUGUAAAUGUAAAAUAAAAUUAUAUUUUAAAUUUAUCUAGGGCACUAAUUAUCCAGUAAUGCAGGUGUCUUCAUCUGUAUUACCUCACAAUGAUCCCAUAGUAAUGACUUCCGGCCACUUUCAGGGGCCGGGCUGCACACCAUCUUGACCCAGGGCUCCACGCCCUCCACCUUCCUUGUCUGCUUGAACUCUGGAGAUGUCAAAGUGAGCUUAGCACAGUCAAAAAGCAACACUGCUCGCUUCCUUCCCACACCAGCCAUGAAAGUCAAACUAGCGAGAUGCUGCGAUGCCAUGAGGCUCUCUCUGUCCUGUCAUGACUGCUGUCUUGUUGCCAGGAAACACAGCACAGCACGGCGGGGAACUGAUCUGCAGCCACACUGAUAGGAUGCGGCCAGGUCAAAUACAUGGCCAUGACGGGGGAAUGGACAGAGGAACUAGCUGAUGGGUGGAAGGCUAGACUUUUAAAUUGCAACUGAGGGAACUUUGUAAUUGGGGCAUAAGUGAGCUGUAGGGGGAGGUGGCGCAUUUAUGGAAUGGUGUGGAAUUUGAGGAAAAAAGAGGCCCAUUGCGACUGAAGGUAGGAAGUUAGUUGCACUUGAGGUCCCACUGACUAAUAGGGUUUGUGCAAAAGGGAUGAGAGCCCAAAACACAAAGCACAGUUCAUAUAAAAAGAUGGGAUGGGAGUGGUGAGGGGGUCAAGUAACAUGUCAGGGAAUUCGUUGCUGGUUAAGCCACUCUGCUUUAACCUCAGUGGCUGCAUUGAAUCAGUUCCCUUAAUGCCGUACCAUCACACUGGAAAUGACACUAUGGGAUUAUGAGCCCUUCUUUUUUUUACAAUGACAACUGAACACUGUAUAGAUUUAAAGAUGGAAUUCCCUGCAUUAUGAUGAACGUGGAUGUAUAUAUAAUGUAUCAAUAAAAAAUGACCAUGCAUUGAGCUUU